AUGUCUAACGAUGUAACCAAAAAGAAGGGGAAAAGUUCGAGUGAGAAGAAGGCGAAAAGAAAAGCCAAACGAAGAGAGACUUACGCCAUGUACAUCUAUAAGGUUUUGAAACAGGUUCAUCCAGACACGGGGAUUUCUAGCAGAGCCAUGAGCAUCAUGAACUCCUUCGUGAAUGACCUGUUUGAGAGGAUUGCCACGGAGGCGUCCCGGCUGGCUCAGUACAAUAAACGCUCCACCAUCACUAGCAGGGAGGUGCAAACCGCAGUGAGGCUGCUGCUGCCCGGGGAGCUGGCGAAACACGCCGUGUCUGAAGGCACCAAGGCUGUCACCAAGUACACCAGCUCCAAGUGA